AUGUCCGCAGCUGGAAUUCUUUCGCGAGGGCGUAGAGCUGUCCCAGACGAUCCUUUUGUAGAUAUCGAUAUCCGCAGCGAAGGUUGCGACGAUCCGAAAAAGACACCAGACACGUGCGGUAUCGCUUACAUUAGAGUAGAUGGAAAGGACCACUCCCGUCACCGCAGAGGACAUAAUGUUGUUAUUGUGGACCGCAAAACAGCUAAAGUGCUUUCAUCAGAAGCCUUCGAUACUCAUGGAGAUGGGUCAGCUGGCACUCGUCUAAGAGAUUUUCUCAACGCACAGGGAGCGGAUAAAUUAGUCUUGAUCGGCGUGCAGGAUUCGGCCUCUUCGCACGUAGGAGUAGCUCUAGACGCUAUUAGAAGGCUUGGCGCUGCUGAUCCUAUCCUGGUGGACUUCCGAGGAUCAUUUGCUCUGAUUGGAACACCGGAUGCAAGUAAACCUCCAUGGAUUGCACAGGAUCAGCACCACAGAUACAAAGGACCGAGCGAGAUUUCUAAAAGAAUUCCUCUCUCAGACUGUCAGAAGGCACUUGGGAUGGAAAAUUAUGGAAUACCCAAUGGACAAGUGCAAGCAUCUUCUGAAUGGGACCCCAAUCAUGCAGCUAUUCAGGGACGACUCCAUUACAAACCACCUAGGGGCAAACAAGGAGCAUGGUCAGCACGAUCUAACAAUGAAAAUCAGUGGCUUCAAGUUGAUCUGGGGAGUGAGUUCACCAAGGUGACGGGUGUCGCAACUCAAGGAAGAUACAACUAUAACCAGUGGGUGACGAAGUACAAGCUGCAAUACAGUAAUGAUCCUGCUACUUUCACUUACUACAGAGAGCCUGGAGAAGCUGCAGACAAGGUAUUCGAUGGAAACACGGACCAGAACACAGUUGUUUAUCAUUUCCUUAACGCACCAAUUAAGGCUCGUUAUAUCCGUUUUCGACCAGUAACUUGGUCAGGGCAUAUCUCAAUGAGAGUCGAGUUGUAUGGUUGCUCAGCUUGUGGAGAAGCUCUGGGCAUGGCAAGUUACGCAAUUCCCAAUGGACAAGUGACAGCUUCCUCGGAAUGGGACCUCAAUCAUGCCGCCAUUCAGGGACGACUUCACUACAUACCUCCUCCAGGCAAACAAGGAGGUUGGUCAGCUCGACACAAUAAUGCUAAUCAAUGGCUUCAAAUCGAUCUAGGUGCGUUGUUCAGAGUGACAGGGGUCGCAACUCAAGGAAGAUCCAACUACAACCAAUGGGUGACGAAAUACAAGCUGCAAUACAGUUAUGAUGGUGUCACCUUUACUUACUACAUGGAGGCAGGGCAGAGUGCAGCCAAGGUGAAACAAACUGCAUGUAGAAAUAAACCGCACAAACUUGAUCCUAUUUCAGUCGAUUGA